CACUUAACUUCUUUUCUCUAAAACACUCAAAGAUCGUUGAAAUACACACGUAUUUGCAGUUACGUUAGCCAGCUGCCAUUUCCACGUUUCUCCCCAAUUUCCUCUUUCACUCUCCUCCUUUUCUUCCUUUUUUUUCUAAUAAAUGAUAAAUCAUUCAAAAUAUCAUAGAGUAUUGACAUUUCUUUAAUUUUUAAUUUUUCAAUCACAAAGAACAGAACCCAGAUACAGAAAAUCGAAAAACUAAGGGAAACAAAACAGUUAAUUCCACAAAUUUUUGAAAAAUAUUGAUGGAUAGCAUUUGUGUGAGAUCUGGGCUACAUGGGCUGGGCUCAUCAGUCCCAUUGAAUAAUGGGUUGGAAGUAUUUCGGCCCAACCCAUCAGUUUCCUCCGUGGGUCGAUCACCGGCUCCGAUAAAAAAUGCAAUAUCAGUUGAUAAAACGGCGGCGUCUUCAACAUCUAUGGUUUCAAAGUUUGCAUCUUUACAUUACCCAUUUAGAUCUUUGUUUCAUGGAGGUGAUAGAAAGCAGAGGUCUAAAGGUGUAGCCUUGGACGACACCGUUUUGGUGGAGGAGGAAAACAAGGUGGGUUGUAGUAGUAGUGAUUUAGAGGGGCACAAUGGGAAUUGGGUUAUGAAAUUCCUCCAUGUUAGGUCUCUUUGGCAAGGUAAAGAAAAUGGAGGGCCAAAUGGGAAUUUUGAAAAAUCUUCAUCUUUUUGUUGUGAUGGAGAUGAAGGAUGUAAAGUGUGUGAUGAUGAUGGUAUUGAUGAUGAUGAUGAUGAUGAUAAAGAACAAGGGGAAAAUGUAGAGUUUGAUAGAAAUUCAUUUUUCAAGAUGUUAAAGAAGGUUUCUUUGAGUGAAGCUAAAUUGUAUGCUCAAAUGUCUUAUUUGGGGAGUUUGGCUUAUUGUAUACCUAGCAUAAAGCCAGGAAAUCUUCUGAAGCGCUAUGGCUUACGCUAUGUGACUUCUUCGAUUGAGAAGAGGGAGCAGUUAGCAGAGACCGAAAAGAAAGAACAGUCGUCUAAAGCUGAAGCAGAGCAAGUGGAGGCCGCCCGAUGUGAUGACCAAACGAACGAAAAAUCUCGAGUGAGAGAAUCAGCGGCGUUUAAGGCUGCAGCAUCUGCUGCGUCUUAUCUUCAUUCGCGAACUAAAAUUUUGUUUCCGUCUAGUUCCUCAUCUUCAAAAGACAAGGUGGAUCAGCACGCGGAUAGUGGGAAUCUUGAUAUUAACUCGGAGAUGGCUACUCUUAUGGCGACCACCGAUUCAGUAACAGCUGUUGUCGGUGCGAAAGAGGAAGUCAAGCAGGCUGUCGCAGAUGAUUUGAGUUCUAUAAGUUCAUCACCGUGUGAAUGGUACAUAUGUGAUGAUGAUAAGAGUGCUACAAGAUAUUUCAUCAUUCAGGGCUCCGAGACGCUAGCUUCUUGGCAAGCUAACUUGCUCUUUGAACCCAUUCAAUUCGAGGAUCUAGACGUGCUUGUGCAUCGAGGCAUAUACGAAGCUGCCAAGGGCAUGUAUCAGCAGAUGUUGCCCGAGAUUCACGCCCACAUCAAAACUCAUGGUAGCCGUGCCAAAUUCCGAUUCACGGGUCAUUCACUUGGUGGAAGCUUGUCGUUGUUUAUAAAUCUAAUGCUAUUGAUGCGAGGUGAGGUUCCGUAUGCCUCGCUUCUUCCUGUUAUCACUUUCGGUUCUCCUAAUGUCAUGUGUGGAGGUGAUGGGCUGCUACGCAAACUUGGAUUGCCCAAGAAUCAUAUUCAGGCUGUAGUGAUGCACCGUGAUAUUGUACCCCGAGCUUUCUCUUGCAACUACCCUAGGCCUGCUGCGCAAUUGCUUAAAGCGGUGAAUCGAAGCUUCCACAACCAUCCCUGCCUGAAUAGCCAGAAGCUACUCUAUGCACCUAUGGGCGAGAUGCUUGUUUUACAGCCAGAUGAAAAAUUUUCCCCGCAACACGAUCUACUUCCUUCAGGGAGUGGUCUAUACCUCCUAACUCACAAGGGCGGUGAUGCCAAAGAGGGGGAAAAGAAACUCCGAGCUGCGAAGAAUGCAUUCUUGAACACACCUCAUCCUUUAGAGAUCCUAAUUGACCGCUCUUCUUAUGGUAAUGGCGGGUCUAUUCAACGUGAUCAUGACAUGGACUCCUACCUCAAGUGUGUACGUGGCGUGAUUCGUCAAGAACUCAGUCGAAUCAGGAAGGCCGAGAGGGAACGGCGCCGUAAGGUGUGGUGGCCACUUGUGACCCCACGUGUCACCGAAAACAAAAUUCUCUUCGGUCCGGUCAAUGUGGGACAGACUCGAUUCAAGUUUUCCAGGAUUGUUAAGACCGGGAAAGAUUCCUUGAAACGGUUUAGUAGGCUUGUUGCAUCGCAACAUAUGCAUCUGCUUGUUGUGCUCUUGUUUCCUGCAAGAUUGCUCCUAAUAGGAUACAAUGCGAUUACUUCGAGUUCAUCAUAAAAGUUUCUUGUAUAGAAUGUGGCUCCCUAAAUUUGGUUGAUAAAAUUUCUUAAUUAAUUGGAAUUUAGAAGCUCUACAUAGUUUAAACAAAUUCUUGAUUAUUUAUAAGAAAAUUAAUGGUCAAAAGAAAAAGAAAAACAAUUGUAUUUGUAAUCUUGUUUUUCUUUAAAAGUUGUAAUGGUGGUUGUAAACAUAUGAAAAUUGUAGUUUAGAACAUUAAAUAGAUGGUUUAAUAUUUUAUUAAUGAAAUAUGAAAUAAUUAUGAUUUUAUGA